UGAUGUCACCACAUUGUAACGCACAUCCUCGCUGGAGCCACAUCAGUGUUCAGACGGCGACUGGAAACUUCACGCGCAACAUUUCCUUUCUUCAGUUUGAAGAGCUUGUUUUUUUCGUACUGAAAUUAACUUUUUGUUCUAGAAACAGACAAUAGUUCACACAUCAUGGAAAUCCAAACUAUCUUGUUUUUAACUCUAACUGCGCAGACAUGCACUGCCAUCUUUAACGUUAGUGCUGAACACCAUUUAUCUGAUACUGCAGUAACUGUUAAUCCAGUUUAUCCGGAUCAUGAGAAACCCAGAACAGCCCCAUCUGGACGCAGUUUUUCUGUUAAUCGUGCCUAUAUAACCCAAACCGAUGAGCCGAUUGACUACAAUAUGGAUGAGACAUCACCCAACUCUUCCUCAAGUUCAAAUAAAACCCGUAAAGAGAUCGUUUUUUUAAGUUUUGCCGGACGGUCUAACUAUAAAGAUGGACAUCCAUGUAACGUCACUGAUCUGAAUGCUGCAAAAUGCAACCGGACCACAUUCCUGGAGAUAUUCAGCAUCUCACACGAGGCUGUUCUCUUCCUCAAAGGCUUGAUGGUCACACGCAUCAUGCCCUCGUUCUACAUCUUGGUCGUCCUCAUUAGUUUUCCCCUGAACGCUUUGGCCUUGGUGACUUUCACCUGUAAGAUUCGAGUGAAAAAACCAGCCGUGAUCUACAUGUCUAACCUGGCGUGUGUGGACCUGCUCUUCACCCUGCUGCUGCCUCUGAAGAUCCACUACCAGCUGAACGCUUCAAAUUGGGUGUUCGGUGAGGUGGCGUGUCGUGUGCUCAGUGCUGCUUACUACUGCAACAUGUACUGCUCCAUACUGCUGAUGAUGUGCAUGAGUGUGGACAGACUGCUGGCCGUGGCGCUUCCCAUCGCCUCUCUAACCUGGAGGAGUGCGAGGAAAGCCACAUGUGUGUGUGUGCUGGUCUGGCUGCUGGCGCUCGCUGGGACGGUGCCACUUCUCUCAAUGACACAAACACUCAAGAUUAAUGAUGUGGGCGUCACCUGCCACGACGCGCUUUUCCAUGACGACCCUACAGAUCAGCUAUACCUGUACCUGUUCUCCAUCCUCUCUUCCCUCUACUACUUUGUGCCACUCAUUGUCACCUUAGUGAGCUACUUUAUCAUAAUACAUGUGCUCAGUGGCAAGUCUAAUCGAUUAGCAAAACCAUCAUCACGCUCAGACAACCGAAGGAGAGCUGUGAUUACGGUUAUCACCGUGCUGAUUGAGUUUGUAGUGUGUUUUGCACCAACCAAUGGCAUCCUGUUGUAUCACUGUGUUCUUUUAGCUACUGGAGGAAACAAAGGGGAGGGAGAUUCAUCAUAUGCUGCUUACCUGUUGGCUGUGUGUUUGGGGAGCGCAAGUGUUUUCCUGGACCCUCUACUGUACUACUAUGGCUCAUCUCAGUGCAGACAGCAGAUCAGAUCUGUGUUUUGUUGCAGAAGAGCUGUAACUAAACCAUCAAAAACGAACACUCAGACAGGAUCCUCUUUCAUAACUUGUGAGUAUAGUCGGGCUAGUGUUAGUGUAAAGACUUGAGUUAUUCAGAAAAUUGUUUUAACUUUUUUUUCAACAACUGUAUACUUUUUUAUACUGUCUGUUCCUCAUUAUGCCACUGACAGAAAAUUGAAUCUGAAACAGUCCUGGUUCAUUAUAAAGCAGGAUCAAUUUCCCUUCCGGUGUUAAAAGUCCAGCGCUGAUGUUGACAAAUUGAACCAGGCUAAACACAUCACCAAGGGACUCCAUUUCCUGUUGUUGACUCAAUGUGUAUCAGAAACAUGGUGAGAGUGAAAGCAUUUUUUUUUUUUUUUUUUUACAUUUUCCACUUUCAGAUCUCCAGGGAAUGUGAUUUGAUUUCUAAAAUGAAUUGUUAAACACAAAAGAAUAUCUGAAAGUCAAUGGGGACCAGCAACCGUUUGGUUACAUACAUUCUCCAAAAUAUCUAUUUUUUGAAUUAAAAAAAAAACAAAGAAACAACUUGAGGGCGAAUACAUUUUUAAAUAAUAAAUAAUUUUUAUUUUUCAUAAAUAAUAAAUAAUUUUCAUUUUUCAUUAAUAAUAAAUAGUUUUCAUUCCGUUAACUAUCCCUGUUAGUCUAAAACACGACAGAACAUUGAAUACCAGCACUUUCAACAAAUGGGCUAUUAUUUGAAACAUUUAUUUGAUAGUUUUACAUCUAUUUUAUUGCAAGCAAAUUAAUACUUGAGCAUUUAAAAUGAAAAUAUAAAAAACAGAUCAUAUAAUAUAUUCAUCUUUUAUUAUUUUGUCAACAUAAUAAACAUCAUUAUUUUUAAGCACCUACUUCACUUAAAUCAAAGAAGUUUUUACACACGCACACACACAUUUACAAUAUAGGGGCUAGUUGUCAAACAAGCUUAUUUAAUUUUUUAUAUAUAUAUUAUUUUCUCAAAUUCUUUAUUCUGUUCUCAAAACUGUCUUGUCAAUGAAGUAUUGUGUGAAAUAUUAUUUGAAGUAAAAUUAAGGUGUAGAAACUUGCUCUAUGGUCUCCCCUAUGUAAUAUUGUAUUAGUGAAAUCUCUAUUGUGCAUAAUGUACGUUUCUCAGUUCGUUGUUGCAAAAGUGAAAUGAUACAACCUCCUCAUACAGUGGAGGUGUAAUAAGGUUGCUUAUAGUCAUUUUUCCCUGUUGCAUUAUAUGAAUCUCUUGUACAGAUAAGCAUAAAUUCCCUAUUCCAGAGAGAUAACUAUUCUCAAAUCUGAAUGUUAUAUUAAUGUGCUAAUAAACUACUGUUUUUCAUUAUAUAAUACAUUGUUAAAUAUGUA